AUGACAGAUUAUUCAACGACAUUGGGUAGUUUUGAAAAGAUCCUCGCAAUACGCCAAAAAAAGUCACCUGAAAAACAUUCGAAUCAGACUAUUACAUGCACAAAUAUUGGGGAUGUUCAUCGAUUAAUGGAUGAUUAUGAAAUGGCACUUUCAUUUCAUCGGAAAAAAUUAAGUAUUCAAGAAAAUGUUAAAUGUAAUCCUUCGGAUUGUGCGACGACAAAUAAAAAUUUAGGUGAAACUUGUCGAAAAAUGAAAGACUAUUCAACAGCAUCGAUAUAUUUUCAAAGAGGAUUAGAAAUACGUGAAAAGAAACUACCAAAAUAUCAUCUUAAUUUAGCUGCAAUCUUUCAUAAUAUGGAGAAAAUAUAUUCGGCGACUCGAGAAUAUCGUAUAGCAAUGAAAAAUGUUCAACAAGCAGUAGAAAUUGCUCAAGAGAAACUGCCUCCAAAUCAUCCUCAUCUUUUGGAAUAUAAAGAAACAUAUGAAAAAAUUCGAAAGAAAUUGUAA